AUGUGGGUGUUAGGCCAGUGUGUGACAAUCUUAGGGCUGAUUGUCAAUGCACUGAAUAUCGUCGUCUUUGUCCGACAAGGCUUGCAAGACUCUGUUAACAUCAGCCUUCUUGGACUGAGCAUUUCUGAUUUUGGAUCUUUGUUUUUUCUUUUGUUGGUCAAUCUUUUUUGGACGCCAAUUAUAAUGCAAAUGGAUUUAUCAUUCUACCCUUCCCAGAUUGCGUAUGUCUUUAUCUGGACGCAUAUUGUUUUCACAAGAGUCAGCACCGGCAUAACAGCUUGGAUCACAUUCGAGCGAUGUUUAUGUAUUGUAGCUCCACUCAAAAUCAAAUCUAUCAUCACUCCCAGGCGAACUAUGGCGUGCAUUGCUGUUAUCUACGUGAUUAUGAUAGCAUCUAUUGCUCCUGUGUUCUAUGGAGUCAGAGCCGUCUGGAAAUUUGAUACCCUCCGAAAUAAAUCCGUUGUGGUGAUUGUCAAAAUUCCCGAAAGUGUACAAAUAGAAAGAGGUACUUUCUGGAUAAAUAACAUCCUGCCCACAAUAUUCCUCAUUUUCAUCAUUACGUGUGCAAUUGUUCUGGUGAAAGCGCUGAACAGAACUGCCAAAUGGAGGGAAACUUCAACAUCCUUACAUAACCGUGAAGAUAAUCUCAAACAAGUUGGCAAACUGGUUUUGAUUAUUUCUAUAGUUUUCAUCGCCUGCUAUUCCCCUGGAACUAUCGUUUUUAUGUUUGUUCUCAUCUUUCCAGACUUCGGCUACACGCGAAAACAAAAGAACCUAUUGGUUGCUGUUUUCUCUUUUAUAUUUCAACUUGGAGCGAUAAAUGCUACUAUAAAUUUUUUCGUUUAUUUAACAGUGAGUUCAAAGUUCAAACGAACAUUUGAACAACUAUUCUGUGUUUACUGCAGUAAGAGGAAACCAAAUUGUGCUAAAGAAAAAACAUGA